AUGCUGGCCGCUCGAUCCAUGCUCAGAUAUGGCGUGAUUUGGACGCUUCGUUUGGUCACAUGCAGGAAUCUUUUGGGUACCACUCCAUACCGACAGAUGUGGGUUAAAUCAAAAUUACAAGGGCUUUUCACUUUGUUAUCACGAUCAAAGCGGACAGUUCUCCUUCUCAUCAUCCUCCUGAUCAUUAUUGCUUAUUUUGCUCCAUUGAAUUUCCGCAAGAAAACACAUUCUACCAGCUCAACAUCCCGAUGCAUUGAGGAAAAACUUUCCAUUUUCCUUCACUCAAUAGAAACUGAUGAUGCUGUGGUUAUCCCAGCACAGCAACCAGAUAGUACAGAGAGCGUAUAUUUGCCUUAUGUGGGUAAUGGCAAGCUAGCAGCAGCAUUCCACAGCCAGAAGGGUCUGUAUAUCCGUACCAACCGUGCUCUGUCAUUGCCUGUCCACUUCUACCCAGUUGUAGAAACCAACGUCCGAGGACAUGAAUCAAAAGAGGCUCAUGUGCUUGAUAUUCGGGCAGGUCUUGCUUACCAGAUACAAGCUUUCAAGAAGGAUACUGAUUGUGUAUCGGUAGGCUCUCAGCUUUAUGCUCACCGGUCACGGCCUUCUCUACUUAUCCAGGAUAUACGGAUCCAUAAUCCUUCUUCCAUCCCUGUUGUGGUGGAAUUGCACAGAUUUAAGGCACCUGAAUGGACGUGGUCACUCCAGGAAUAUGUUGGAAGCAGUUCGUCCUCCGAUGGUGUCCAGUUUCAUCAAGCAGAACGUGUGGUUAGCAUACCCAACUCAGACCUUGUGGUUGUUGUUUCCAUAGCAGUGGUCAGCAUACCACAAAAUGUGCUUGUCAAAGCAUUGAGCACUCUAAAGCUGCAUGUAGUAACAGUGGUGCAUUAUUCACAGCCACUGGAGCAGCAGUAUGCACAGAAGUUGAAGCAAGAUCUUGCACCUAAGGUGCUUGCUGAAAUGCAAGAAGUUCUGCUGAUUGAUGAGAAGCAAUUACGACAAGAACACACUAAAGUGUGGAGCAAGUUGUGGUCAAGUGGUUUCAGUAUUAGCCAUUCGAAAGCAGCCCAUGCGUUGAACGGACACAAAAUCAACACCACUACAUAUUAUGUACUGAGCAAUGUCAUGUCUCCAAUGCAUGAUUUAAGCUCUACAGAAUUAGUCAGAAAUGACAUCAUGGGAAUUCUUCAUCAUCCAGAUCAAUGCUACAGUGGCCAUUCCACUCUAUUCUCAUCAACACUGUGGCUUGAUGCUGAAGAUGAAGAUGCCAUUGCUAGAAUUGUGACUACUUGGAUGAUCACACUUGAGAAACAGGGAUGUUCUCUCAUGGUGAAAUCUGGUGCUGAAGGGGUUUUACAAGCGAUGGUCCUCAGCAUUGGAGGACUGCAUUUUACCAACCACCAUUUAGAAUUUACUAUGCAACCCAAAGAUCUUCACAGAGAUUAUUUCUUCCGUCGCAUCAAUUAUGGUAACAACACUCAUCUGAAUAUCUCUGUGAUUGUGGGACAAGAUAACAAAGCUAAUUUGUAUGUCUCUUUGGAUAGAAAUGACCGACCUUACUAUGCCUGUGAUGCUGGCUGUAUAGACCCACCUGUGUCAUUAAGUAAACGUUGGGCUCAGUUCCCUGUGAAACUAACAGAGCCUAUAACAUCAAUUUUGUACAUCACUGCUGACAAACAACACAUGGAGGAAUUGAAACAUGCAAUUCAUGUUAGAGAAAUUGCUGAAGCACCUGCUCACGAACAUCAUGUGAUAGCUUUGCACAAGCACGGUCACAAAUUUGGAGGCCUACCCACUCUCUUUUGGGUGUCUAUUGCGUUCCUGGUCAUUGUUUUCCAUCUCUUCCUCUUCAAGUUGAUCUAUAAUGAAUAUUGCCAAGGACAGGAGAUUUUCUCACGGUCAAAAUAUAAUUUGUGA